UUUACUGUCUAUAGCUUUUUUGUGGCAGGCUGUGAUGUGAAAUACAACUACAGUGAUGCUGAGAUAUUUGCAAAACUCUUUUGCCCUGAAAGGGUAAUAGCGAGGUUCAAUCCCUGCCGCACACACCUGCUGUCCAGAGUUUUAUCCAUAUGUAUGUGCGUUGCUGGUAUGGCUUCAUCGUCUUUCAUCGGAAGUGUCGGUGACAAGAGGUCACGGAAAUUAUCCAUGUUGGUGCCGUUCAUUGGUAUUAUUCUGGCUGACAUCACAUUGCUUCUUCAGGCGAUUUUCUUUGAGUCCUCGCCGUACUGGUUUCCGUUCUCGGAGUUAGUUUUCGGAUGUUUUGGAGGAUAUAUGACUAUUCUGUCAACAUCGUUCGCAUAUAUAACAUCUAUUCCCAGGGUGAAAGAUAGUGAAAAAAGUAAAAGUGUCGCUCGACUUGAAGGAACUUUAGGUGUUGGAAGUAUCGUUGGGUUUUUAAUUUCUUCCCAACUAGACAUAAUUAACUAUGUGAAUAUGUUUGUAAUGUUUAUUGUUGUGCAUAUUAUAUGUUUCUGCUAUAUAGCACAGAUGAACGAACCCAUGAAUUCCCAUAAGGACCGCGGUGACUUGCACGUGAAAAAUCGUGAAUUAGCUGUUCCUUAUUUUAUACAGUUGAUUCCUUCGUUGAUCGUUUCGUCCUAUCUUGUUUUUCUUGGAUCGUCACAAAUUUUGUUCUUUUACUUGAAACAACGUUUUUAUUGGGACGCAGAAAUGUACAGUUAUUUACGAGCUCUUACUCGGAUUUUCUCAUCGAUAAUGGCACUUUUUAUCUAUCCUUUGUGCAAAUCGUACGGGGUUCGUGAUGUUGUUUUGGUCGUUAUUGGUUUGGUAGCUCGUGGUUUAGGACGAGUGUGGUAUGCCGUAGCUUGGAGCAAUAUCAGUGUUUUUGGUUCUGUACUGUUUGAAAUGUUCGCACGAUUUCCAGCUAGUGGUCUUCGUUCACUGAUCUCGAAAAAUUCGAAACCCAAUGAACAAGGAGCGUCUUUUGCAACGGUUGCAGUUCUUGAAGGCGGCUGUAAAUUGCUGUCUGCUGUCGUUUUUCAUACACUGUUUCCGUGGUCGAUCUCAUUCAUGCCACAGUUGUCAUUUAUUCUCAUGGCGGUAUUAAUUAUUCCACCCACUUGCCUUGUAACACACGACAUACUAAAAAUACCAGUAUUGUACCCACAACGAUGCUGA